UCGAGAAUGACUCAGUCGCACCACCAUCAAAGAGUGCCUGCUCUCUUCUCUCUACCGGAUAUUAUUCUCAGCACUCAGCCAAGGAUUUCUCCUUAAACACUAUUGAAGAGUCUGUAACCCAGCAGCCUACCAGCGAUGGCUGACCCAAAGCCAGCUGCAGCCAACACCAUUCUCAACCCCGAGGCAGCCUCUUUCACUAUGCCCUCCACUGGAGGAGAGACUCUUCCCAAUGGCACGGCUCAAAGUGCCCAGCCAACAGCUGUGAAUGGAAUCGAACAGACAAAAGAUUCCAAAAAAUCAAAACCCCGGCCUGAGACGACCCCUCGAACGACCACAGAACAAAACGUAGCCGAAGCAGGAGCAGGAGCGAAGUUGACUGGCGCGCAACUGAAAAAACAGAAGGCGGCUGAAAAGGCAGCAAGAAGAGCAGAAAAGGUUGCUGAGAAAGGAGCUCAAGCGGUGGCUCAAGCACAAGGCCAGGGCGUACCAUCAGGAACAAAACCAGAGACGCAGAGACGGCCAUCAACGACGAAAAGAGAAAGCGACACAGGUCCGCAUCAUAAAAGGACGCCCUCAGGCAAGGCUUUGCCCAUCCGAGGCGCGACCCAACAACAGCAACAACAGCCUCAAGGCUCGACAGUUCCGGAGAAAGAGAAGCGUCAGGAACUCAAACGUGUGCCAAUGUUCUCUCACCUGUAUCCCAAAGAAAAGAAAGCCACAUUAUCCGGAGCUGGUCGAGAAAUACAUCCCGCCGUAAUAUCACUAGGGCUACAACUCCGCGACUACGUGAUCUGCGGCGGCAAUGCACGUUGCGUAGCCACCCUCCUGGCCUUCAAGAAAGUUAUCCAGACCUAUACUACUCCUGCCGGCGUCGCGCUAUCUCGACAUCUCCUCACUCAUCUCAAUCACCAGAUCGCGUACCUCCGCAAUGCGCGACCUUUGAGCAUGAGCCAAGGGAACAGCAUCCGAUGGUUGAAGAACCUGAUCUCCACGCAACCCGUCGAGGCCACCGAUAGCGAAGCGAAGCAAAGUCUGUGUCGGGCUAUCGACUUGUUCAUUCGUGAGAGGAUCACGCUAGCUGAUGAAGUGAUUGCCCGGGAAGCCGGUUCGCGGAUCCAAGACGGAGACGUGAUUCUGACAUACGGGAAGAGCAGUAUCGUGGAGAAAACACUCCUCACUGCGCAUCAGCAGGGGAAGAGCUUCGAUGUCAUUGUCGUCGACUCGAGACCUAUGUUCGAAGGCAAAAACCACGCACAGAGCCUCAUACGCGCAGGUCUCAAAGUCCGCUACACUCUACUGUCUGGCCUAGCCGAUGUCCUUGACAACCAAUCGGAAUCAGUCACAAAAUGCUUCUUGGGUGCCUCAGCGAUGCUGGGUAAUGGGAGGCUGCUCUCUCGUGCUGGCUCGGCGAUGGUUGCUAUGAUGGCCAAGGAAUCGAACAAGAACAAGGGCCGGAACGUCCCUGUCAUUGUCUUGUGUGAGACGGUCAAGUUCACAGCGAAGGCAGCGCUCGAUAGUAUCAUUAUGAAUGAACUAGGCGAGCCAGAUGCAUUGGUGGAAACUACUGAAGUUGGGAUCUUGUCGUCAACGAAAGCACCUGUGGAAGCCAAUGCGGCGGGGAAAGGCGCCAACAAGAAGCCGAAUCAGCAAAAGGACAAGAGGGAUGAAGACGAUGGGGAUGAGAAGAGCAGCUCGUCGAAUACUAGGGGAUUGGAGGAUUGGAAGGAUCAACCGAAUCUGUUCCUACUAAAUCUCAUGUAUGAUGUGACGCCAGCGGAGUUUCUGGAUCUCGUGGUAUGUGAACUGGGCAGUCUGCCGCCCCAGGCGGUGCCGGUGGUGAAUGGCGUGCAUGGAGACGACCAAGCCUUGGCUUGACGGCUGCAGUUGAUGGCUCUUCUUCUCCUCUUUGGGAUUUUUUUCAUGUGAAAUCGACGGAUCGAUUUGUCAUGGAGAGCAUGUCAGACCUCCAAAAGCAGGCGAUCUUACCAAGCAGUGCAGGAAUGGACGAAUGUGAUACCUUUACCAUCGGAGCACAGCUACGCGGCCAGAACUCCAAGUCGAAGUGCAAUCUAACAGUAGCUCCAGUCAAACUCCGAGCGAGGGAAGGCAUGUAGCAACGAGGGCACAAUGUGCUGAUGGUAAGAAGAGCGAUGUAAGGCUGGCAGAAAAAUGCUCUCAUGGCCAGACACAUCCCUUAGUCUGUAUCUGGCCGGAGUCUGUUUCACCGUCUAGCACAUACUAUGCGGCAUGCUUUUUUUCUUCCUC